AUGCUAAACGGCAACAGUACCAAUGCAUUCCGUAAUAAAAAAGUAAAUAAUAAUACCUCAACAACAAAAAACAACAAUAGUAAAAUGGGUAGGAAAAAAAUUCAAAUACAACGAAUUGCUGAUGAACGUACUCGUCAAGUUACAUUUACAAAACGGAAAUUUGGUUUAAUGAAGAAAGCUUACGAAUUAUCAGUACUUUGUGGAUGUGAAAUUGCUUUGAUUGUAUUUAACAGUAAUGAUCGACUGUUUCAAUAUGCGAGUUCUGAUAUGGACAAAGUUUUAUUACGAUAUGCCGAAUAUAAUGAACCGCAUGAAUCAUGCACGAAUACAGAAAUUGUUGAUAUACUGCACAGAAAACAACAUUCUAAAAAUAUUGAUAGUGAAGAUGAACUAGAAAGUGAAUCGAAUUGUACAAUGACACCAGUUAUUUGUGAUCAACUACAAAAAAUUGAACAUAAUACCGACGUGACACAAGAUUUGGAGCAAGCAUUUGCAGACACAUUGUUAGUCAACAGCAAUUUAACUUUUGCUCAACCAUUGAGCAAUGAGCAAAAUUUUCUGAAUACUAUGGGAACAUCAUCUCAAUUUCAACUUCUAACAUCACUUCAACAGGAAUUAGGAAGUUGUAAUGUGACAGUAAACAAUAAUAAUAUGAAUACAAUGGAAUCGAAUAAUGCAUUUCAAAUACCAAACGUAAAUGGUUUAAGUAUGUUUAAUAAACCACUACCAUCAACAAUUAAUCAAUCUUUAGCCACCAAUGUUAAUCGACAACCAAUUGUUGUGAAUAAUGUAAUAAACCAAUCUCAAGCAAAUACAGGAACAGUAAUGUCUGUUUCACCAGAGAUGACUGUGUCCGCUAUAGAUAUAUCCACUCUAGCAUCUCAAUUAACAUCAAAUUUUUUGGCAUAUAUAACAAAUCUAAAUCAACAAUCAAAUAUUGCUCAAUUACCAAUAAGCCUCAUUAAUAGAGAACCAACAACAACUCCCGCAAUAAUGCUUACAAAUAGUACAAAUACUGUACAGCAGAUGAAUAAUGGCAUCGCUCAACAAUUGAAUGUGACAAAUUCUUAUUCCAAUCCUACUACCGUCACGACUCCACGAAUGAUCAAUAUCAAACAUGAGCCGAAAACGCCAAUUUUAUAUACAACGUCAAAUAGUCCAACAUAUACGACAGCCAUAACAAAUGGGAUACGUGCUGCUAACACUGAUUAUAAUAAUGAUCAACCAAAAUUCAAACAUCCGCGACUAUCAUUAUGGCCGCCCGGAACUAUUACAUAA